AUGAGAAUUUCUUAUUUCCUUGCAUCGGUCCUGCUCGCUGCCAGCACCUUUGCGGCGUCUGCCCCUGGCAAUAAACCUAACAUAGUUUUCAUAUUCACUGAUGAUCAAGAUUACCAUCAUGACUCACUAGAGUAUAUGGAAUCACUACAGAAACACCUUGUGGCCAAAGGAACAUUGUUCACCAAUCACUACGCUACAAUAGCGGUUUGCUGUCCAAGUCGCGUAUCUCUAAUGCGCGGUCAGGCGGCGCACAACACAAAUAAUACUCAGGUGGCUGCCCCUGGCGGUGGCUAUCCCAAAUUUGUCGCCGCAGGCGAAGAUAGCAACUAUCUCCCUCAUUGGCUUGUACGAGCGGGAUACCGUGCCGAAUAUAUUGGAAAACUCUACAAUGGAAAUUCUUUGCUCAACUACUCUCCAGCACCAAAGGGGUGGAGCCACAUUGAUGUUCUUGUAAGUGUUGUCGUGAUUACGGCCCAUAUCAAUGACGAACUGACCAUGAUGGAGCUUGACCCCUACAUCAACGUUCACAACAGCGUGGUCAUGUCGCAAAACGGAGAGACGCCGGUGUAUUAUGAAGGUUGGCAGCAAACGGACGUAUUGCGCGUCAAGGCUCUAGCACGACUGGAAGAGCUCACAGCGAAAGAAGAUCCCUUCUUUCUCAUGAUUGCGCCAACUGCACCGCACGUGGAGAAUGCCACAGAUCCGCCGACACCUCCAUCACGAUACCUGGACAAGUAUUCUAACCUGACAUUACGAUAUCGGCCAAACUUCAAUCCGCCAGACGAGUUACACCAAAAGAGGCCUUCUUGGUGGGCUGGAUUGCCACGCCUGAAUUCAACGCAGCUGGACGAGGUUCAAAAACUGCAUCAGCGUCGACAAGAAGCGCUUGAGGGGGUCGACGAUAUCAUUGAAGACACUAUUCGUGCCCUCGAGCAGGCUGGAAAGCUGGAAAAUACGUACAUCAUUUAUUCCACCGAUCAAGGCUAUCACUUGGGGUCACAUCGAGACGUCGGAAAAUGUUCGCCGUAUAUUGAGGAUGCCAAUAUUCCCCUUAUUGUACGAGGUCCUGGAAUCAGCGAGGGCCAAGUAUCCCAUCUCCCGAGUACUGUGACGGACUUUGCUCCCACCUUUCUUGAUAUUGCUGGAUUGGCGAUCGGGGACCGACCUCCAUUCCUUGACGGCACCAGCAUGCUGGAAGCAUGGGAAGACCCAUUGAACGUGACAAUCGGUCGUCAAAAGGAGGCUAUUAACGUAGAAUUCUGGGGACGAGCCUUUUCCGAGAUUCCAACGUGGACCGGCGGUGACAGCUACCCAGGAGUCUACAGGAAUAAUACGUACAAAACGAUGCGCAUCGUUAGUGACUCGUAUGCAUACGUCUACUCGAGUUGGUGCACCGGGGACAUCGAGCUAUAUGACUCGGUUCACGAUCCUUAUGAGUUGAGCAACAUUGCCGAUUCGACAGACGUCAACUACCAGCGGGUAAAGUCACGCUUAAACGCAUUGCUGAUGGUCACGAAAUCGUGCGAGACAGAUAUUUGCCGAGAUCCAUGGAGCGUCAUUCAGCCUCCCAAUGCGGCACCCAAGAAGAUAUCCAGCUUGGGCGAUGCUCUGGACCCGGCUUACGAUGAUUUCUUCUCAACAUUCCCUCGAGUCACCAUUGCCGAAUGCGUACAGUAUCAAUUUGCUCCAAAUGAAGUUCCAUUUUACCCACCCGAGGCACAGAGUGGACUGGGUCUGGCAUUCAGAAACGAGCCCCAGUACUAUGAGUAUCCAGACGUUAAACCAAUCGAAAAAGUUCCAUAUAUAGCUGGUGGAAGUUGGGAACAACGACACGCAACAUUUGAUAUGCUUGUCGCUGCCGGGAGAGUACUGAGUGCCAAUGAGCUGCAACAGGCUUGGAACCAGACGACUUGCAGCGAAGGACAAGUAUGUCAAGAGCAGUGGCCAUAA